ACCACCACCACUCAACAUCCACCAACUCUCUGCUCAACUUUCUGAUCUGAUCUGCAGCUUUGAAUCACCGGAAACAAACAAGCUUUCACCGAGAAGUCAUGACGGACUCUGUGAUCAUGGCAGAUGAAGCAGCGGUUGUGGAGGCAGGCUCAUCUGAGAGCCCGCUGGUCGCUGUCACCUUCCAGAGAAACAUCCACAGGAAGGAGAAGUACCUAGAGGCUGAGCCCAAAGCUCUUGGGAUCACUCAGAUUGGCCUGAGUCUGUUUCAGAUCAUAUGUGUGAGUGUGUUUGUGGCUAAAGACCUGAGCAGCUUUGAGGAAGAAAUACCUUUCUACAUUGCAUCUUUACUGGUGGUGAUAGCAGGGAGUGUGGCGAUAGCAGCACAGAACCUCCACCUGCCAACGCUGCGGGGCUGUUUGGGGAUGCAGAUUGUGGCUUGUGGCGCCUCCUGCUUCAACAUCAUCUAUACUCUGGUGAAAGUGGAUAGUAUGGUGCCAUACAUUUGCUGGCACUAUGACUAUGACAACUCCUCAGCACAUAAUAGCGAGAUUUGCCAUAUGAUUGAGAGCACCCACAGUCACUUUCAAGCUGAGGGUGCUAUCAUCGAGGCGCUUCUGUUGGCUAUCUCAGCUGCUCUGGUCGCCUAUUGCUGCAAGGUGGUCAACUGUUGCUCGCCGGCUCCAAAAAUGCCGGUGAUCACAGUACACACCACCGCUGUCCAACAGUGAGGAGACAAACCAGCACAGAUGACAGAUGUACAGCUACAUACACAAAGUGAAAGCUGCACUCAUUAAUACUUUUCUGUUAAAGGUGUGUCAUAUGGCUGUGUGUAAUGUGAAUGGGGCUGUUUGUGACCAUGAACCCAGAGAUUUAUAACAAACUCUGCCGUUCCUCUCAACUCUACUGAGCUUUUUAAGCCUCUAUUUUUAGCUCAUUGUUUUGGUUUAUGGUCCACAAGAACUUUCCUCCUAGCAGCAAGACAACAGCAGUUGACUGGUGAACACAGGGGAGCAUUUAGUUUAAAUUCAUUGGUCUAUUUGCUGACACAUUAGCCAUAACAACUUUAAGAGACGACAUGUCAAAUCAAGUGUUUACAGCUUGUUCUGCUGCUUGUUAGUGACCAUUAUUAAAAAAGGGUGCAGUUUUAAGAAAAAUGUAUUAAACUUUACCAGGUGAAUUAAAAUUGCAUAUCACCACACAUAUUACAUAUAUUUUUUUACGCUAUAUAAUGUUUUUAUAUGUACUAACUCUUUUUUAAUGUGAACUUUAAUUAUAGCAUUCAACUAUUCAAUUGGUUGCAAUCUGCAACUUCACCACUAGUUGCCACUAAAUUCUACAUACUUGUCCUUUAAAGCGUUUCUAUAGUGUCUGACUGUGGCCACAAGUGCCAAGUACAUGACAAUGAUAAAUGCAUAAACACUUUGUAACAGCACUAUAAGUAGAGCAGAGUCAUUAAGUCAAUGACCUAAACUCAGUAAUGUUAUAUCUAUAGUUUUCUAACAUCAGCUAACAUAGCUAGCAUAAGCUACUGGUCAUACCAAACUGAAGGCUGUAACAAGUAAACCUCCCUAAAGUAUUCAACAUUUUAUUUUCAGGGUAAACUGUAAAGUUAUGUAGUCUAACUUGAACAUGUAAUUAAUGUCUCUGAAACUAACUUUGUAAAGAAAC